AUGAGAGUCCUCAUCAUCGGCGCAGGUCUCGGCGGCCUCGCUUGCGCGAUAGCGUGUCGAAGAGAGGGGUUUGAGGUGGUUGUUCUUGAGAGGGCGAAUAGACUGGUCCCGAUCGGAGCAGGUUUACAACUACCACCAAACGGAGUUAGGAUCGCAAGACAACUAGGCUACCUCGACAAACUCCUCCAAUGCGGGGUCGUCAUUGACGGGAUGGAGUUCUGCAGAUACGUCGACGGCAAGCACCUGCACAUGCUCUCAGCCAAGGAUGCGCAGGCCCGGUACGGCGAUCUCUGGAUGGUCGUGCACCGGGCUGAUAUGUACAAUAUCCUGUGGCAGACGUGUAAGGAGAUUGGUGUGGAUCUGUGUCUUGAUAUGGAUGUGGAGCGGAUUGAUUUUGAUGAGAAGGUGGUCUAUCUUGAGGAUGGGGAUGAUAUUGGUGGGGAUGUGAUUAUUGGUGCUGACGGACUAUGGUCUAUUUGUCGGGACCAACUUCUUGGAUCGGCUUCGCCGCCAGUUGAGACGGGUGAUUUGGCGUACCGCGCCAUGUUCCCAUUUGACUACCUCAAAGCUCUCAAGGAUCCCAGGGUAGAUGAUCUCUGUGCGAGGAAACGGGUCACGGUGUGGAUGGGACCCGACAGGCACACCGUCUUCUAUCCCGUCAGAGGAGGUCGGGAGUUCAACCUUGUGCUCAUCAGGCCGGAUAACAUGGAAACGGGGGAGAAGCGUGUCCAGGGCGACAUAGAAGAGAUGAGAGAAAGUUAUCGUGGAUGGGACGAGACAUUGACAAAGCUCAUCUCGUUGAUACCGAGAGUGCAAAAAUGGAAGCUAUGCACGCACUCCGAGUUGAAGACGUGGACCAAGGGCUGCUUCGCUCUUCUGGGCGACUCAUGCCAUCCGAGUUUACCCUACCAAGCCCAAGGCGCAGCCAUGGCCGUCGAAGAUGGCGCCGUGAUUGGGAAGCUCCUUGGCCUCUUGAAGGACUCACUGGGGGCAGAAAACACGGUACCAAAGGUCCCCGAGAUCUUAAAGCUGUACGAGACACUUCGAAAAGACCGGACGACGGUGAACGUGCAGGGCGCGACCUCGAAUCGGAAGUGGUAUCAUGUUCGUGAUGGGCCGGAGCAGGAGGCUCGCGAUGCGGAGAUGACAGGCGUACCGCUAAAGGGUGGGUUGGCGCCGACGGGGUGGCGAUUGAUGGAUGAGGAUUAUCGGAUGGAAUUGAUGGCGCGGGAUUCAGUUGCUGAAGCUAUCGAGGCGUUCAGAGAAUGGGAGCAAAAGAAAACUUGA